ACUACGCAUGCCAACAGACGUGAAUGAACAAGACAGGCAAAGAAAACGAUGCGAUACAUGUCUCAAAUCGUAUCGUUGUGCUAAACUUCGGAAAUGUGAACCGUGUGAAAAAAUUUGCGGAAAUGACGUCAUGGGAAAUGUAGGUAGCAUUAACAAAAUUGAUGAGUACAGUGCCUACUUUACUCUUGGAGAAUUUGGACCUGGGUUUCAAAUGGAUCAAAUCGUGGAUUUUAUAGGUUUACCUGAAAGGGAUAAGUAUGAGAAAGUUGUUGUUAUAGGAAAAACUAAAGAUCAAAAUGGCCUAAAAAAGUGUAAAGCGUUAAUCAUUGAUCCGGUUGAAUCAUUCAAGGAUAUUAAAGAAGCAAAAUGUGCAGGAAUUGCACUGAAAAAAACUGAAACCGAUCAAAAAUUGGUAGCACCAUCAAAUAUACAAGACUACAUCGAAACUGCAGAAAAUCAUCUCAUAGCGGAAAUAGGUACCGAAAAGCCAAUAACUGUAUCUAAAGAUAUUCCCAUGAUUGAGAAUAUUCUAAAGUCUGAUUUCAUGGAAAAUACUCCAAUGGGGCUGAACAAUGAUUUUAACGAAUCUACCCAAUCGAGCGAGAAAAAAUUAAUCAAGUCUUCUUUGAAAAAGGGUUCCCUAAGAUUUAAAGGGAAUAGCGACGAGCCAUUGAUGGAAUCAAUAACUGAUACGAAUUCAACACAAAACUCCGACAGCCUAAAGUUGUUGCACCGAAUGAAGGAUUCUAGUUAUUUUCCUACAGCCGAUGAGAAUGUAAAGAUCGAUGAAAAUUUUAAAUCACAGCUUAGCUCACUAAGUUCAUCUGAAUUAAAGCCAAGUGAGAAUCAGACUUUUCCAUAUGAUUUAAAUCAAAACUUAACUUCACCGUUUAAUCUUUCUACUACUCAUCAGUCAAAAUCACAACAACACAUGUCAACUCGUUUAUUACCUAGAAAACAUAACAGAGUGCGACCUAAUAGUAAUCCAUAUCGUCAUAGAGUUUCUUCUAUUCUUAGUGAAAACAAUUCAAGUAUAGAAGAAAUGCCUAUAAAAGAAAAUAAAAAUCUUCUUCAAAGCGAAGGCAUGUCACCAUCUAAUGAGUCUUAUCUUGAAAUCAACGAAAGGUUUAAAGACGAAGAUUUAUUGGAAAAGAAAGCUAACGAAAUGGUUACCGGAGAUCGAAAACAACCCUUAGAAUCAAAUAUGGACCCACAGGUAGAAUAUUCCAGUUCUAAUGAAGUUCCUUCUCAAAUAAGUAGAGCAUUUAAAAAAAUCAAACGUCCUAUACAAUCCCGAAAUUCUUCAAAUAACGAAAAAACUUUGAAAUCUAUUGUAAUGAUGCCAAAGGACAAGCUAUUAGCGCCACUGGAAAUAACAGAGAGUUCAGAGAACCAUGAAAGUACAACUUUUGACGUCGUAACUAAGUUACCUAAAACAAUUGGUAAGGUAACUGAAAUAGUUCAAGAUGCAACUGAUAGAGUAUUCUUUGAAAAAAGUAGUACAGCUGAUUUUUUACAAGAGGAAUACCGAGAUAUACACCAGUUACAAAGACUAUAUGUCACUACCCCGAAAACUGAUACUAUUAAGAAAAAUUGGAAAGAAGAGUAUUUGUAUACAACUAAGAACACUUUUGCAGAAUCUAAUGAAAGUACAUCUUUCGAUGACGACACAAAUGCAGUUGACGAAAGCGAGAACCAAACUAUAAGAACAGAGGUAAAGAACAAGGAUAAACUAAAACUUUUAAAAGAAAGCAAAGUAACUGAAAAAGUUUUGGCAGUUCCAAAGGCACACAAAAAUAUAAAUAGAGAUCAAUCUGAUGUUUUAGAACAUCCAUACGGUACACAGAAAACAAUAAGUACUAAAUUUACUAACUUAGAAACACAAGAUUCAUUUCCAGAUUCCAAAGAAGUUCGGUUACAAUCAGAAAACAUAGAAAGUGAUUUCAGUCAAUUCACGGACAAGACAAAUGAUUCGUUGGAUUCCUUUACAAAUCAGCCAGAGACUGAUAAUGACGCAUUUCUAGAACCUAACGCGACCACAGCAUUUUCAGAACAUACGAAAGAGGAAACAUUGUCCAAAGAAGCAGAUUACAAAAGUAAUGUUAAUAAGGAAUCUAAUAUUAUUUUAACAUCUUCAGAAUCAAGGAUAAUAAAACAAAAACAUCUUCCAAUACUAAAAUCUAAACUUUAUUCGCCUUUAAAGCAGGAACUGCAUACUGGACAGAAUAUUUUAACGAAACCAAACAGUAAUAUAACCUAUUUAGUAUUAGAAGGGGAAAAAUCAAAAUUAAUUUCAUCAAAUCAAAUAAAAGAUAAAGUAGACGAAUCAUCAACUAUUUCGAAAAAUAUUCAGCCUAGCGUAGAUUACGAACAAAACUUGGAUUCACUUGUAGACGCCUCAAGAUAUGACAAUUAUUCAACAGAAGUACCUUCAGAAGAGAAUACAUUUCUGAAAUCCAUAAAACAAAAACUUAAAAGUGUUAACAGAAGUCAUAAAACCCCGCAAAAUAUGGUUUCUGCAGAAUUGCACCACAGAGGCAUUGAUACGUUAAAAGAACCAUCGUUAAAUUCAAAUGCUUCAAAACCUGAAAAUGCUAUUACCAAUACUGAUUCAGAAGAAAAAUUGAAGGCAUUUACACAUGCGAAUAAGAAGCUCAAAGCCAAACAUGCCUUUCCUACCAAAAUAAAUCCAAAUGUAGCUCAUGCAAAGGAUAUAAGUGAUUUCCCAAAAACUGGAGAAAGUGUGCCAUCUAUAAAACAAGCAUUUACAAAUUAUGUUGAUGAUGAAUCAGACAUAGUAAGUAGUAUUCCAAUUAAAAUUGAAUCCGGCAGUUUGGAGAAUGUUUUAAAGGCUAAACACCUUGAUUCACUAGUACAAGAGCUUGAACAACUUCCUCCGAUAAUUUAUGACAGGGCUUUGAAGGUUUCAAGUGCUCUUUCAAAAUUGCAAUCCACAUCGUCUCCAAAUAAAAAUUUGAUUCAGCCACUGUCUACUAAAAAGCUGCAAGUUGAUGAAUCAAAAAUGGAUUUUGUUGAAACUAACGCAGAAGAUUUUAAUUCUAAUUCUAAUCCUGUUGAAUUCCAAAUAAAUGGUGAUGAAAAUUAUAAAAAUUUAGAUGAAUCUUUUGAAACCACUGAAGAAGCUUCACCUUAUUUAAAAUCCAUAGAAUCUAAAAGUGAUAAGAUACUUUCUUUUGAAGGAAACAUACAAUCUAAGGAAAUGAAGCUCGCUAAUAAAUUUAAGGAAGACACUUUCGAUUUAAAUACUCCUUUAAAAGAUGCAGAAGCGUCUAACGAAAAACCUAUAAAAGUGGGCAAAGAAGAAUCUUCCACCAGAAAAAAAUUUGACAAAAAACUAAAAAGAAAAUUUGACGAUAUGACAGUACAAAAUAGCCAGAAAAAGAAAGAAAAAGAUAAUCAAAUAGUUAGUGAAUCACUGCAAAGCAUUUACAGCACAAAAGCCGUGAGUGAUGAAGUAGGCAAUUCUAAUCCAGAAAUAAUAUCAAAAGAAAACAUAUUCAAAAAUUUUGGAAGAGUAAUUCCAAAUAUUCAAGAAUAUCCUUUGAAAACAAAUAGUUUAACUGACAAUUUAUUGUUUCAUGGAAACGACAUACACCUCCCACUAAAUGCUAAAAAAAAUGAAGAUGGGUCUUACAAACUCUCCCUUGAUAUUCAAAAAUUAUGUGACUGCAAAGAAUUAAGUUGUAUUAAACAUACUCCUGAAACAGUAGAGGAAAAAAGAAAUGUUAGAGGUGCGAGUCAUACUAAUUCUGAUGCAGCUGCUCAAGACAAAUUUACUGCAUUCUCCGACUUCUUGGGGCAACUAAGAAAGAUUUCUAAACCUUCUUCUCAUUCUGAAUUUUCAAAAUCUCAAUACAAUAAUGAGAUACUAAAACUAAUAUCUUCUAUACGACCAAGUCACGAUACCUAAUUAAUACGAACCAAGAACUAUAAAAUACAUAUUAUACCUACACUAUCCAUAUAAAUAUAGUAAUCAUUUACGUAUAA